AUGAUGGCUCCACAGCAGAUCCUCAGUCCACAACAACUACACACACUACUGCAACACAAACAACAGGCUCUGAUGCUACACCAGGGCAGCAGUCCUCAGUGGGUGUUCCAGCAGCUCCUCCAGCUCCAGCAGCAGCACAUGGUCCCAGUGCAGCGAGACCAGGCCCCAGUCCUUACACCAGGUCUGUCCCAGUCCUCACACCAGGUCUGUCCCAGUCCUCACACCAGGUCUGUCCCAGUCCUCACACCAGAUCUGUCCCAGUCCUCACACCAGAUCUGUCCCAGUCCUCACACCAGGUCUGUCCCAGUCCUCACACCAGAUCUCCCAGUCCUCACACAGUCUGUCCCAGUCCUCACACCAGGUCUGUCCCAGUCCUCACACCAGGUCUGUCCAGUCCUCACCAGUGAGUCCCAGUCCUCACACCAGGUCUGUCCCAGUCCUCACACCAGGUCUGUCCCAGUCCUCACACCAGGUCUGUCCCAGUCCUCACACCAGGUCUGUCCCAGUCCUCACACCAGAUCUGUCCCAGUCCUCACACCAGGUCUGUCCCAGUCCUCACACCAGCGGAGACACGGAGAAAACCACAGAGAGGACCACAGAGAGGACCACAGAGAGGACCACAGAGAGGACCACAGAGAGAGGACCACAGAGAGGACCACAGAGAGGACCACAGAGAGGACCACAGAGAGGACCACAGAGAGGACCACAGAGAGAGGACCACAGAGAGAGGACCACAGAGAGGACCACAGAGAGGACCACAGAGAGGACCACAGAGAGGACCACAGAGAGGACCACAGAGAGAGGACCACAGAGAGGACCACAGAGAGGACCACAGAGAGGACCACAGAGAGGACCACAGAGAGGACCACAGAGAGGACCACAGAGAGGACCACAGAGAGAGGACCACAGAGAGAGGACCACAGAGAGGACCACAGAGAGGACCACAGAGAGGACCACAGAGAGGACCACAGAGAGAGGACCACAGAGAGGACCACAGAGAGGACCACAGAGAGAGGACCACAGAGAGAGGACCACAGAGAGGACCACAGAGAGGACCACAGAGAGAGGACCACAGAGAGGACCACAGAGAGGACCUCAGAGAGAGGACCACAGAGAGGACCACAGAGAGGACCACAGAGAGGACCUCAGAGAGGACCACAGAGAGGACCACAGAGAGGACCACAGAGAGGACCACAGAGAGGACCACAGAGAGGACCACAGAGAGGCCCACAGAGAGGACCACAGAGAGGACCACAGAGAGGACCACAGAGAGGACCACAGAGAGGUCCUCUCUCUGUGGUCCACAGAGAGGACCACAGAGAGGACCACAGAGAGGACCACAGAGAGGACCUCAGAGAGGACCACAGAGAGGACCACAGAGAGGACCACAGAGAGGACCACAGAGAGGCCCACAAAGAGGACCACAGAGAGGAUCACAGAGAGGACCACAGAGAGGACCACAGAGAGAGGACCACAGAGAGAGGACCACAGAGAGGACCACAGAGAGGACCACAGAGAGGACCACAGAGAGGACCACAGAGAGGACCACAGAGAGAGGACCACAGAGAGGACCACAGAGAGGACCACAGAGAGAGGACCACAGAGAGGACCACAGAGAGGACCACAGAGAGAGGACCACAGAGAGGACCACAGAGAGAGGACCACAGAGAGGACCACAGAGAGGACCACAGAGAGAGGACCACAGAGAGGACCACAGAGAGGACCACAGAGAGGGUUGACAAAGAGCCUUUGGUGAAAGCCGCUCUGUUCAGUCGCGGCGUUUGUCUGUGGCCCGGCUGCGAAGAGGUCUGUGAGGACUUCAGCCAAUUCAGCAAACACAUGGACAGCGAUCACAGUCUGGACGAUAAAACCACAGCUCAGUGCAGAGUCCAGCGGCAGGUGGUGCAACAGCUCCACCUACAGCUGUUUAAGGAGAAGAAGAGGCUCCAGGCCAUGAUGUCUCACCUGCGCUUACAGUCUGCAGAGGCUCCUCCACUGGACAGAAGAGCAGAACAGACAGCACAGGUACAGGAGGUACUAAAACACAGCCCCCCUCUGUGUGUGGUUUGGGAUGCAGCCCUCCUCUGUGUGGUUUGGGAUGCAGCCCCCCUCUGUGUGUGGUUUGGGAUGCAACCCUCCUCUGUGUGUGGUUUGGGAUGCAGCCCUCCUCUGUGUGUGGUUUGGGAUGCAGCCCCCCUCUGUGUGUGGUUUGGGAUGCAGCCCUCCUCUGUGUGUGGUUUGGGAUGCAGCCCUCCUUUGUGUGUGGUUUGGGAUGCAACCCUCCUCUGUGUGUGGUUUGGGAUGCAACCCUCCUCUGUGUGUGGUUUGGGAUGCAACCCUCCUCUGUGUGUGGUUUGGGAUGCAGCCCUCCCUCAGAUCCAGCUGCUCUGA